GGGUGCAGAGAGUGCCUAGUAGAAAUUACCCAGCGAGGAGAACCCAGAAGAGAACUCCUGUCAUCUGUUAGCCCUGACGCUCAUAUCUCUAUUGGUAUAUGAGUGUCAUUAGUGCUUCAGACUCUUAACUUCUGACAGGAGAUUGCACUUUGGCUUGCAUUUUCCUCUCUCCUGCUAAGUCCCUGCUGAAUGACAAUGGAUUGGGCCAACCUUGCUCCUGCAGGCUUAGUGCUUAUCCUGAUUCUCCUGCUGGUUCUGAAAAGAGAGUAUUUCUGGAAGAACCGCUCGAGAGAGGCCUUUCCCCCAGGACCCAGGCCUCUACCCAUCAUCGGAAAUUUGCACAUCAUGGAUCUGAAGAGGCCUUAUCGGACGAUGCUAGAGCUGUCCAAAACAUAUGGCUCAGUCUUCAGCAUUCAGAUGGGACAAAAUAAAAUGGUGGUGCUGUCAGGAUAUGAAACAGUGAGGGAAGCUCUGGCGAACCAGGCAGAUGCAUUUGCAGGAAGACCUGAAAUCCCAGUCUUUACAGAAACAGUAAAAGGAAACGGAAUUAUAUUCUCUCAGGGAGAAAACUGGAAAGUGAUGCGAAGAUUUACUCUCACAACCUUACGAGACUUUGGAAUGGGCAAGAAGGCCAUAGAGGACUUCAUCGUGGAAGAGUAUGGAUACCUGGCAGACACCAUUCAGAUGCACAAAGGGAAACCUCUUGAGAUGACCAUGAUGCUGAAUGCAGCUGUCGCUAAUGUCAUUGUGUCCAUAUUGCUUGGAAAUCGGUAUGACUAUGAAGAUCCCACAUUCAAAAGGCUCCUGUCUUUGCUGAAUGAAAACAUCAGGCUUCUUGGAAGUCCAUCAAUUUUGCUUUACAAUGCAUUCCCAGGACUGGGAUUCCUUGUGAAGAACCGCAAAACCAUUGUGAAGAAUAGAGAUGAAAUUGGUGCUUUUAUCAAGGUCACUUUUAUAGAACAUCUCAAAACCCUUGACAGAAAUGACCAGAGGAGCUUCAUUGACACUUUUCUUGUCCGACAACAAGAGGAGAAAGGUAAUGCCAAUGGGUACUUCCAUAAUGACAACUUACAUGAGGUUGUGAGAAAUCUGUUUGCAGCUGGCAUGGAGACUACAUCCACCACUUUGCGCUGGGGCCUUCUGCUCAUGAUGAAAUAUCCUGAAAUUCAGAAAAAAGUCCAAGCAGAGAUAGAGCGAGUGAUAGGAUCAACCCCACCACGAAUCGAACAUCGAACUCAAAUGCCAUAUACAGAUGCUGUCAUCCACGAAAUCCAAAGGUUUGCUAAUAUCCUACCAUUGAACUUGCCUCACGCAACUACUACAGAUGUCACUCUCAAAGGCUACUUCAUUCCCAAGGGAACCUACGUCAUCCCCUUGCUGGCCUCUGUCCUGCAAGACAAAUCCCAGUGGGAGAAACCCGACAUGUUCCAUCCCGAGCAUUUCCUUGACUCUGAGGGGAAGUUUGUAAAGAAAGAUGCUUUCAUGCCAUUUUCAGCAGGGCGGAGGAUCUGUGCUGGUGAGAAUCUUGCCAAAAUGGAGCUCUUCCUCUUCUUCACAAGUCUCCUACAGCGGUUCACCUUCCACCCUCCUGCUGGCAUUUCCAUCUCAGACCUGGACCUCACUCCUGCCAUCGGGAUUACAACCCCCCCAGUGACUUAUGAGGUCUGUGCAGUGCCACGUUCCUAGAGCUUUUCUCAGGCAUCCUCCUUCUUCCAAGACACCCAGAUAAAAUAUCCUGGUCUUUCUCUAGUUGCACAUGGGCAGUUUGGUACUUCAGAACCCAAGAGGGGAUUUUUAGCCCAACUGCACCUCAGGUCUUAGCUGGAGGUGUUUCACCCACCUUUACUCCAGGGGUGCGUUCUGACUCCCAGGCACUACUUGAAAGUCACCGCAAGAGUGAAUCCCACAAGGGGCAUAACAAAGCCCAGUUUGAGUCUGUACUCUAUCUCUGCACCUCUGCAUGCCCCCCUCAAGGAAAGAGGCCAAGGGCCAGUCUCUGGGCCAGACCUCUAGCAGACACUUCACACACACACACACACACACACACACCCUUCUUCCACACCUCCAGAGCAGACUAAUUGCCUCCAAGGUGCCCAUUAGAAAUGGCCCCAUACACAUUUUAUCCGCUCAGCAGUACCCUGCAUACACACACACACACAAGCGCACACACGCAUGCAGACAAUUAUAACUUAACAGUGUAGCAAAACAACAUUAGAUGUCAACCUGACUCAGAACUACAGCAAAGAUGCAUGGAAGACCAGCACAUGAAAACAUAUAGAAAUCCGCUGUCUGGAAGCUCAUAUUGAUUUGGCUGACUUCACAAUAAUGUAUUGAUGAGAAUGAUUAAACUUUGAAAGAAUAAAAAAUCCUUCUCCACUGAGGAAUCAAA